AUGGAUUUGCGCACGAUCAUGAACACCGACGGCGGUGCCUCCAACCGUCAAGCGGCUAUUCAAUCCUCGAGUUCUCCGAUCGAGGUCGAUCCUGCUCAUCAGCAGCGCGCGCAGAUUCCUGUGACCGACUAUCCCAAUCGCCCUCCGCCUGGCCAACACCACCCCUCGCACGCCUCCCCAGAGCGAGCCGCAUCCUACAGUGGCCCUGCCCAUUCGUCUCCUUACCAACAAUUCAAUGCCGGUCCCCCACCGUUAAAUACGGCGAUACCACCUCAGCAAACUCAGAGUCCCUCGAGUGUUUCGACUCCAUAUGGACUUGGCGCGCGUGAUCAGUACGGCGCGUCGGUGUACAAUUCGCACCCCCAACACCCCGCGGGUCCCCUGGCCUCACCAUACACUCCACAGCCGAUGAGCGCUGGGCCCCAUGUUCCUCCUGAGCAGCAGUCAUAUUUCGCUCAACAACGGUCUCAUUCCCUUCAUUCUGUGAUGGCGAACCCGCGCGCCCCGGCCGAGACCUUUCCUAACAAAGAAAACUUCCCCUCCGCCGCUCCCCAACCACCUCCACCGCAUCAACAUCAAUUUUCUCCUUCCGCCCAUCGAUCCGUACCAGGCACACCUUUGGGCCCUCCCCCAAAUUUAGCCUCUCGACAAUCGCCCUCUUCGGCGCGUCCACAAUCCUCAGGUCAAGACUCCCACAACCCUCUCUCCAGCCCUCGGCAGAUACAAGACCCGCAGAUCCGAGAUUUGUCCCGGACUCAUUCACCAUCAGCCCAGCGUCACUUUUCACCAGGAAGUCGAACUUCCGAUUCCGCAUCUCAACCUCAUCCCGGCGUCAAGCAAGAAUCCGUCGAGCAUACCACUCCCCGAGCCGCCUCGAGGCGAAAUAGCACAGCAGCCCCGUCUGACGCGACAGGCGCGGUUCCAACACGAUCUUCGGAAGAAAGGAAGUGGAACGAAAGCCCUUCGACUCCGUUUGGAUCAGGGCCGGGAUCAGAUGCACGCGUUUCACCGAUCGCGACUGUUCAUUCACAAAUGAACUCUUCGCCCUCCGGACAAAGGAGUGGAUCGCAUCCUUUGAAGAUGGAGGUCGACCAUGAACCUGUUUCCCGGGUCAGUAGUCAACCCCCCAAAGCAAAGAGGCGGCGGUACAACGAGCCUCCCAUUUAUGCACAACGAUCAGCUCGUACCAAGGGCAAAUGUCCUGUUAUACCCAGUCCCCGGCCCCCAGUUCCAAAACACGCGAGGCAAUCGCUUCAGGAAUCGUGGGCAGCUGGCAGAAGAUCCUCCACAACCGGUCCACCACCACCGUCCGCCACGCCAUCACGUAUAACUCGGGCACCGGGAGCAGCAGCUGCACCAGUCCCGAACGGUCCUCCCCCUCCCCCUACCCCGGCCCAGCCUGCAUCAAGAAGUCCCGCCCAAGAAGGAGCUCUUGGCAUCUGGGAGCCCUCGAUAACAGGUUUCAUUCCGCACGAAGAGAUUACACAUGAACUCUGCGACUUCCUAUUCCGACAUGUGGUCGCCAGAAAUGAUGUUGGCACGGGACCAGCGGGCGCAGCAGCCACCGGAGCUGGUGCGAUUAUUGAGGUGGAAGCGAAGUUGGGUCAUAUUAUCGACCAAGACCGCAGAGAGAGGCUGAUUUUGCCAAUAAAAACCGAGGCGAUCAUCAGCAAGGAAACUGCGGGAUUCAGGACAUCAUUCGAGAGCAACAUGACAGUCGAGCAACACCGUGCUUAUAACAAUUUCCUCAACCAGACCGUGAAGGACUCUAUGAUCCCACCUCGCAUCCAACUCUCAUACGCCCACAAGAAGGAGCGCGAUACAUUCUACGAAGUUUCGCCUGAAGAGCUACCCCAGUCAUUCGUUCGUGUGACAACAGACCAACGAACCGGCGAAGUCCUCGCGAAAAUCAUCAAGUGCCGAGUCGCAGAUAUGGACAUUUAUAGCCCCCGCACGGCUUUUGACUGGCGAGUGAGCGUGAAUCUGGAAAUGGAAUACGAAGGUGAUAUUCGGAAUCUGCCCGUCGUGGACGCAAGCAGUGGUCGCGGUGAGCGCAACAAAGAUCGUAUGAGCUAUCGACAUCAAGCCUACCAAGUCGACUUGACCCAAGUGGCCAGGGCCGAAUCCGCAAUGAAAAAUGAAUUCGACCAUGAGCUCGAAGUCGAAAUCUCGGGCGCUGAGCUUAAGCGACAGGGCCAACUUGCUGCAGCCGGUGACCCGAAGAACCAAUACGAAGAGCUGGUAAAGGGUUUCGUGGAUAAUGUUCGCGUGCUGGCACGGGUGAAGUCUUGA